ACGAAAGGCUUCACCUUGUUUACAAUAACAAAAGUACACGGGGCAACUCUGACGUUCUUCAUAUCCAAUCCAUGCUUAUCAAGUAUCAACAUCCGAAACUAUGGAAGGUGGUGUAAGGUUGUCAAUGAUUUAUGACUCCUAAAGUGCCUUUAGAUUUCGUAGCCGCAUCGUGCAAGACACGUUAAGGCCUUCAUUGCACAGAUUGUUGGGUGUGAAAGGCAUAUUAGACACAUAAAUAUGGAAAACUUUCUCAAGAAAUCUAAAGCCAAUUUGCCACAGAUUCAAUCGUAUGAUAGUGUUUGUGUCAUACUUGGGAAUGAAUCUUGUGAUUUAGAUUCAGCGGUAUGUGCUUUAGUUUUUGCCUUUUUUCUGGAUCAUGAGAAAAAAUUUUCCAGUGUUCAUCUCCCAGUUCUAAACAUAGCUAAAGAAGAUUACUGUUUGAAGACAGAAGUUGUUUACUUUCUAAAAAGAUUCAAUAUUUUAUCAGACCACCUCAUUUUCCGAGAUGACAUCUGCCUUGAUUCCUUGAAAGAAAGUGGAAAAUUGAAACUUGUUCUGGUGGAUCACAAUGUGCUGUCCAAUUCUGAUUCCAGUUUGGAUUCUUCAAUUGUUCAAAUAGUUGAUCAUCAUAAACAAGAACAUCCUUUUUCGGAAAUGGUUGAUAUGCUGAUUGAACCUGUUGGUUCAUGUAGCACUCUUGUAGCUUCUCUCAUUUUUGAAAGUGCACCUGAAAUUCUAGAUAUUGUUUCUGCCUCUUUGCUGUUGGGAGCUAUUGUAGUAGAUGUUGCAAAUUUUUCUGCAACUGCGAAAAGGGCAACUACUAAAGAUGAACAAAUUUUCCGUAAAUUGUCACAAUAUGUCCCGAAUGUAUCAAAAGACAUCCUUUACAAAGAGCUUCAAUGUGCCAAAGAAGAUGUUGGAAAUCUAAAAUUUGAACAACUAUGUCAAAAAGACAAAAAAAUUCUAGAAGUUGGUGGCAUCAAACUUGCCAUUUGUGGAUUUCCAUUUCUCUGUUCUACUUUACUUGCGAAGUAUCCCGAUAUUACCACAAAACUGCAGGACUUUUGCAACGUUUCUGGCUAUCAAGGGGCAGUGUUGAUGGGAAUCUCUAUAAAUCAUGAAACCGAUGAAGUUAAACGUGAUCUUGUUAUUUAUUCACGUCUCGCAUGGUUAAAGAACAGGAUAUGCCGAGACCUAGAAAGCGGCGAACCCAAUUUAGACCUUCAUGCAAUCAAAUCGAAUGCGGAAUAUGUUUAUUAUAACCAAGGGAAUAUAACGGCUACCCGGAAAGCAGUUCUUCCUAUGUUAAAAGUUAUUUUGUCAAAACCGGAAUCAUCAAAUAAUAUAUUUUCCCAUCGCGGUGAUAGAAGGACAAGUGUACCGAAUCUGGACGAAAGUCCGGAGGAUGGCUCAUCUGCCUCCAAUUCAGGAAUCGAUACGCCCACCAACAGUUGCGUGGAUGGUGAAGACGAAGAUCGCCGUUCGUCCCCAGUUGCAAAAUUGUCAGAGUUCAACACUGGAGCUGUGUUUGCCAACAUAGAACCCACGAAGUAUAUGCUAGUUCGACGGCCAGGGGAUGAACUUCACACUGAGGAAAGGGACCCUCUUACCCCUGAGAACAGCUUUGCUGAGAAUCAUUUUGAUCAAUCGUACAAAAAAUUUGUGCUCAAUCAUAUGGAUUCGGAUGCCAUCGAGAAAAAACUUAGGCAAGAAAAUUUUUUUCGCGAAGCUGACGAAUGAGUUAUGAUUUUGAUUCUUUUAAAUGUACCCGGUAAGGCUAAACAUCCUUUAGAUAAAUGAUUAUUAAAGCUACCUAGCUAGUCAGUUUGGGGCUAAUUAUUUCUCUUGGUUGUAUGCAUUUGAUUUUGUACGCCAAGAAAAAAAAAUAAAUAC